UGUGUGUUUUGGUCCAAAGGGAGGGGUUGGAGGCUCACAGCUCGAUGUGUUAAGGCUCCCUCGGAUGGAAGCGGCUUGUGUGCACACCGCGAUGGCGAUGGGUUUAACGUCGAAAAAAGCAUCGAACAGAAACAUAGCGGUGGAGCGGAAGAACCUCAUCACCGUGUGCAGGUUCUCAGUAAAGACUCUUUUGGAGAAGUACACAGCUGAGCCCAUCGAUGACUCCUCAGAAGAAUUUGUUAACUUUGCUGCAAUCUUGGAGCACAUUCUCAGUCACCGCUUCAAAGGUCCAGGCAGUUGGUUCAGCUCAGAUGGACAGAGGAGUUUCUGGGAUUAUGUUCGCCUGGCCUGCAGUAAAGUUCACAACAACUGCAUCAGCAGCAUCGAGAACAUUGAAAACAUCAGCAUGUCCCGAGCCAAGGGCCGAGCAUGGAUUCGCAUGGCCCUUAUGGAGAAGCGUUUAUCUGAAUACAUCGCCACAGCCUUAAGAGAUACUCGUACCACAAGGAAGUUUUACGAUGAUGGUGCCAUCAUGCUGAGAGAGGAAGCUACAGUCCUGACAGGGAUGCUGAUUGGACUUAGUGCUAUUGACUUCAGUUUCUGUUUGAAGGGAGAGGUACUGGAUGGGAAGACACCAGCUGUGAUCGAUUACACACCAUACUUGAAAUUUACCCAGAGUUAUGACUACCUGAGUGAUGAGGAGGACCGGCGCAGCGUGGACAGCAGUGCGAGUGAAGACAGCGUGGCUGAGCAUCCCUACAUCCCCCUGGUCACUGAUGAGGAGAGCUGGAGCACCAGGUGUCGCAAGAUGGAGCAGAGGUUCAAGAUUGUCUAUGCCCAGAAGGGUUAUCUGGAAGAAUUGGUGCGACUGCGAGAGUCGCAGCUGAAGAACGUCGAGACGGAGAAUAAGAGACUGAACGCAAAACUGGAGGAGCUGCAAAUCCAGAGCCAACAGGAGAAGAAAGAGCUCGAGGCCAUUAUUCUGGAGCUACAAGCACAACUGACUGGUGUUAUUCCAUGUGACCCGGCCCAUUUGUCAAAAGACCUGUCCGUGUCCUUGGUUAACCAGUGGCCGUCUGCACAGGCUGCAAACAACCAAGGGGACGUAAAGCUAUUCCGUCGGAGAAGUUUUCACAGUCUGAGCCUCUCUGGUGAAGUCAGUCUGAACUCAAGAGAGUCUCCGAAGACAGACGGGAAACAAAAUGGGGACAGUGAUUGGUGCUCAGGAGUAAAAGACACUACUCCGUCUAUGCUGGGCCUGUGUGGGUCGCUGGCUUCUUCACCGAGCUGCAAGUCUUUGGCCAGUCUUAAAUCCAGCGAAUAUUUGGUGAACAUCAGCACCGAGCCCAGCCCUGCUCUCUCCCCCAGCUAGGACUCCUAAGAGUUCAUUUUCACUAGGGAUGGAAAAAAUAUAAUACAUGACGCCUCCCCCUUUUUCUCUUUUCUUCUGACUAGAGAUUCAUCAUUCCUGUCUUCCACCACUGUGCAUCCCAUCCUCAUUCAUUCAUAUUCUUAAAUCAUCUCGUAAAUAAAUAAUAGUUUAACUGUUCUUGAGAGGCAUGUCUUUCUCAAUUUGUAGCGUCCUUCCUGAGAAAGUGUUGAAUACUGGCAUGAACCACCAUUGUCCCCAAAUUUCUGAUCAACGCCAUAUAAUCACUCUAUCGCUCACGUCCACUGCUCGCCUUCAUCACACGAUUCGAGAGAAUGAAUUUGUGCUCGUCUGCAUGAGCUCAGACCUCCAUCCUGAACAACCGUACAUGUAUUCACUGAUGUGCUUGUGCCACCUACAGUUAUGCCUGAUGAUGUGUGUUUGUUGAGAUAGCAGCAGCCUUAAACUCCUGUGGUUAUUCUAUGUUUCUAAAGCUUUGAUUGGCUUGAGGACUUGUGCUGCUUUGUUUGUGCAUAUGGCCUGUUUUGUUAUGUAGUGGUAAUGCUUUUUGUCCAUCAAUAAAACGAGCCUCAUUUUCAUUCUAACUCAGCUGACGGUUUUUGUUUUUCCCCACCACAUUUUUAUUGCUUACUUUUCUGCUUUUACUGACCGAGAGAUGAGAUUACUGAGGUGAGAAAGUCAGGAAUUUCCAGGAAUCUGUUUUUUGUUUUCAGGAAUAAAGCUUGGAUUUUGGCUUUG